AUGUCCCAGAACGACCUCUUCCUCAACCUGCUGCGGCCCGCCGUCCUCCACAUUCUACGCGCCACGGGCUUCCAGCACGGCAAACCCUCGGCCGUCGACACCAUCGUCGACCUCACGGCACGCUAUCUAUCCCUACUAGCAGAGCGCACAGCCUACAAUGCGUUCUCUAACCACAACGACCUCACCCCAGACAUUAGCGAUGUGCGCAUGGCAAUGCAGGACUGCGCCCUUCUCGUGCCCACCAUGACAGCUGGGGAAGAACUGUGGAAGGAGAUUCUGCGCAAACCCCUCGAUGAGUACAACGAGGAGACGGGCGCCCGCGAGAACGAGGCAGCCCGCCGCGACGCCGAGGACACGGCAGACGUGACCGAAUUCAUUGAAUGGGUCAAAGGCGACCAGAACAAGGAGAUUCGGCGCAUAGCGGGCAUCUACAAGCCAGUUGCGACGAACCCGACAGAGCAGCUUGAUCAGGAGGAAAUGGAGGACUACUUGAAUACUCUCAUGAAGAAACACAGCAAGACCGGCGUCGAAUCACGUUUUCAAGGGACCGUUCUGGGAGUCCCGGCCGAACCAAAGACCAUCAAAAUCGAAGGAGGAGGCGCCGAAACGAUAGAAGAGUGGUGUCGCAGAACCCGUGAAAGAGCCGCCAAAGCAGCCGAAUCGAAACGAGAGAGCCGCGAAACUACAAACACCGUCGAAACAAGGGAGCCCUCGGCAGACGUGGAAAUGGAAACAGAGUGA